GUCCUCGGUUACAAAGCGUAACCAUAUGCGAAAAAUUAUGUAAACAUUGUCAGAGUAGGUACAUACAUGCGAGGAAAAACCUGUGCAACCUGUAUGUGCAGCUGCUCUCUAUGAGCAGAAGGGCUGAUGUGGAAUGAAUUAUAAGGAUACCUAAUCUGGCAGUCAAUACACCCCCGGGACGGGACGGUUCAGUAUAUAGCACUGCUCUCGGUUAUUAAAGGUGACCUAAUAUUAUUAUAGUAGUUAGGAAUUAGCACGGAUAUUUCAUUAUGAUCAUAUCAUUACAUUCUGCAUCAGUACUUUUUCAUUGGCCGUGGUUUUAUUUCGUCUGGGUAGAUUUAAACUGAGAUUUAUAUGAUUACAACCGUCAUAUAUUUUGUUUUCUUUUUUUUUAAAAAAAAGUCUGAAGUCCUGAAAACUAAGAAGUCUGAUGGUUUUUACAUAUUUGAAAAUAAAACAGGUUUCUAGCUUAGGCCCGUUUUGAUGGAAAAUAUGGUCUUAACUUUGGUGAAAGCUGUUUUCGUGGUUUAUUUGGUCUACUCAGAAGCUGUGAACGUCACAAUAUUUUCUCAAAAGGAUUUCAAUGGGCAAAAAUGCGAUAUAAUUCUUCCUGGCUGUAAACCAGUCUGCCCAAAACUAGUCGGAAAUGUUGUUUCACUGAAGGCACCCAAAGGAACAUGCCUGAAGUUCUUCGCCUCAGUGGAUUGCAAAGGGACGCCCUCCAACUACAGAAGUGCAUACACGGUUAAAGCUGAGGGAAUGCCUGACUUGAAAGGGACACCUGCUUCAGAAUGGAAAGCCAUAGGAAACUGCAGCCAACCGAUUGGAAUUCCAGAUAACUCGGUGGGCCUGUUUCCUGAUAAAAAAUUCAAAGGAGCCCAUUGUGUCGUGCAGGUCUCGGGCUGCAAACUAAUGUGCGAAAAUGUGGCAGCGAAAUCCAAGUCGCUAAUCACAAACGUGGGUUGUUGUUAAAUUCUCCGGAACAAAGGAUUGUACAGGCACGGAAAUUUGGGACAUCCGACCUGGCGAAAAAGGAUUUGCUUUUGAUGAAUAUUACGGCUGUUGUGCCAACUUUUCAAAAAUCUCGUCUGUCAAAUCCUGCUAAAAGUUCGGAGAGAGGGAAAAAGAGAAAUGUCACCGUAUAUCAGUUUGCUUCAAGAAUAUUUGUUGCACUCUUCUUUAAAUUACCAUUAAAAAUUACGUUAAUUCGUGUAUCAAUUAGAGUACCUUAACAGGGAGGGCCACCUCAGUUUCCACCUCUGAUUGGCUCAGCCAUCUUAGGCUGAAUGGAGCCUUUUAAGACCAAAAAAUGGCGGACGCAAUAAGCUAAUGUGAUUCAAAAUGACUCAAAAAUUAGUUUUCUUUGCUUAUCGCAACGAGCAAACCCAAAUGCACGAUUGCGACUUAUCUACAUAGCUUUACUGCUAAUCAUGUGCAAUUUUUGAGAAAACCAUAUUAGAUAUAUUGUAAGGUUGGCAGCAAGUGUAAUUAAUGAAUACUGUCAAAAGAUGUCAAUGAUCCCCC